AUGAAUUGGUUAAAAAUUUUUAAAGAUUUUGAAAUUGUAACAGAAUGGGAACGUUAUAAGAAUCCUGAUAAACCAAGACUUAAACUAAAUAAAUAUCGUCUUAUCAAAAUCAAUUUUACACUUUAUUUAGAA